CGUUCCCCGAUAACUCCAUCGAGUAUUGAAGUAGUACACCUCACAAAGCUGGGAGGGUUUCAACCGCAAAAGGCACACCCACACUUGCUGAUCUCAGGUUUAGUUGUAGAAAUUCGACCGUCUCGCUUCGACGUCCUCACGGCAUCAUGUUCUCCAUCAAGGUGGUGGUGCUUUUCGUCUCUUUUGCUCACGUCAUUGAGGUUGCACUGAGUGAUGAUUCAAGGAAAGAUAGACACCUGGAGGAUCUACUUAAGCGAUUCAUUGAGGCUCGCAACUCCAAACGUUUUGGUGGGGCUGACUUGUUUGGCAACAUGUCGGGGAUAGAAGUUGAUGCUGAGGUUCAGAAACUAUAUGACGACAUAAAACACGAUCAUGCCUACCCGUGGGCCAUCUUUAAGAUCAAUCCACAGAAGACUCGAGUGAUUGUCGACGCCAAGGGUGCCAGAGGCUACAGUGACUUCCUAGACGCUCUGAUGGCAUCAGGGGAGCCACGAUACGCCAUUUUUGACACUCCCAAGGAAUGGGGUGGGGAAAAACUCGCUUUCAUUUCUUGGUGUCUUGACGAUGCCAAUAUUGGACUCAAAAUGAUUUACGCCUCCUCUAAGGACACCUUGAAGAAAAAAUUUGAAGGCCUCAGUAUAGAAAUGCAGAUAACAAACAAGAACCAAUCAAUCAAGGAAGAAUUAAUCAAAGGGAUUGCGAAGAAUGCCUGAAGUCUACUUGCUGGCAGGCCAUGAAGACUUCAACUUCUCUGUUACCGUAAAAUGUUUGAGGGGCAACAGGGAUCAUACUCCCGUCAUUAAAUUUAUUUUAAUUAAUUGAAAUUAUAUGGGAACACAUUAUAGACACUGUAUUUAAUCAACAAUAAUUUGAUGAACUGUGAUGCACGCGGAGUUUUUGUUUUCAUUUGAGAUUUUCAGGUUUUAAAAACAUCAAGUGAUUCCCUUUUGGAACAUAUACAUUGGUGGGAAUGUGUUGCAAAACGUUACCCUAAAAGUGAUGGGGUCUACGAGAAAAAGAAAUUUCAAGUUGUUUACCCUUUUGUUUGUCAUUUAGGAUUCAUUAAAUGACAGCAAAAUAGUUGGCUUUGCAUGUAAAAGCACACAAGUUUAAAUUUCUGGAAUAGCAUAAUUUAAUAGAUAACGGCCUCUUUAGCUAUAGCAGAAAAAAGGUUUUAAAAAAGUCUGCCUUGAUCUGGCAUAUGUAUCAUCUCUAGACUGAGAACUGUAAAAGCUUAUCUAUGAUGGUACACAUAUGUAUCUUAGUAGGUGCUGAAUAGAUGAAGAAAACCGCGAAAAAUAGUUGACUGUUAUAUAUCUUUCAAUUCUUUAACUAUUACUUUUAUUUUUGUAAUUAUUUCUUCACUCACGAUUUACUUCUUAUAAUCAGUUUGUUUUCUUGAGAGGUGGA